AUGGGUCUGCUGGUGCCAGCAGUGUCCACAAGGACCCCAGGACACCAUCCUCCAGGGACACAAGGGGACUUCCAAGAAGCAGGCAAGCCUGGGCCCUCAGUAGCAAAGGCAUAUGGGGACACCAAUGUCAGCAAAUCUCUGCUGAGCUGGAGGGCCUCCGUGGGGGAGUCAGGCACAGCUUCUCUCUGGGAUCAGAUCACGGCAGAGCUGACCCCACCCACAAGAGUGGCUACUGGUAGCCCCAUGUCAUGUGAGAUGCUGGUCACUGGCUUGUUCCCCACAAUGCUGGACUCAUCUGUGGCAGACCAGAUGACCCGACUUACACUGAGGCUCCUGGAACAGAAGCUGGAGCAAGAGCGAGAGAGAAUGGAGGGGGGCUCUGAGGGCCCCCACCUAGUGCCAGGACUUGAGAACAGGCUGGACGCUGCCCUACAGAGUGCUCUGAGGAGAAGGAAGGACCUUCUGCAGAGACUCUGGGAACAGCAGCUACUGGACGAGCACUCCCAGGCCCAUGCCUGGAAGGAGGCACAUAGAGGAGCCCUUACACCAGCCCUGCGCAGACAGGUUACCCCUGUGGAUGUCCACCCCACUGCCUCCCUGCCCACACCAGCCCCACAGCUGCCAAGGGUCAUCCAGCAACCGGUCCCCCAGCCUCCUGCCACCAUCAUUCAGCAGCUACCUCAGCAGCCACUCAUUGCACAGAUUCCUCCUCCUCCGGCCUUUACCCCACACAGGUCCGGAAACAUUAAGGAAGACAUGGUGGAGAUGAUGCUGAUGCAAAACGCACAGAUGCACCAGAUCAUCAUGCAGAACAUGAUGCUCAAAGCGCUGCCUCAUGCGUUGCAGGACCCGCGGUGGGCGAGCCCUACGGUCCAGCGAGCCGACCGCCGAAAGCCGCCUCCGGUGCACCACCACCACCACUACGCGCCGCUGCAGGCCGGACCCGCGCCUGCCCUCCCUGUCGCCUACUCCGCGUGGCCUCCGCUGGUCGCAGCCACCAGUUUCCUGCCCCCCGUGCGCCCCGUGCCGGGCCCGGCCACCGCUCUGCCUCCCUUUGGCGCGGAUCAGAACAUAACCAGCUUCCUGUCUCGGACCCUGGGUCACUGGCUUCGGGCUGCUGAGGAGGAAGCACUGGGUAUGCCCAAUAAAGCUGGAUCUCGUGACCCCAAGAUCCCCAAUCCCCGAGUAAUUCUCUAUGAAGCCCUACUCUCAUAG